AUGGCCGAGCAGUCAUCAUGUCCCGAGAGUCAUCAUAAUUAUUCUAGUCCAGUUGAAGAUUCAAAGAGUUGCAAUUGCUUUUUUUCUUGGAGUAAGGCAAAUCAUCGAAUGUAUUUGAGGAAUGAGUUAAAGAAAGCCUUUGGAGGUGAUGAACAUGUUCCUUUUCAAAUGGUCUCUCAAGAUAAGAGUGUGGUGACUGUUUGCCAUGUUGGAAAAAUGUUGACCAAAAUUAUUCUUAAUCAUUCACCAUUCUCUUUAAGUGAUUCUAAAAUUUCUUGCUCCAUCAGUACAUCUGAACAAUUACAAAUGCAACAACACACUUCAUUUGGAAAGUAUCAAAAUAUUAUUAAUGAAUUGAGAACAUGUUGGAGGAAGAGGCAUCAACAUCGUCCAUUCAAACAUGUCAUUUCAUGGAUUACGAAUUUUAUUCAGAUGCAUCAUACCAAAGAGGCUAUGCUUCCCAUUUAUUCUCUUUUUCACAAUGAAGAAACACCACAAUUAAGGGUUCCUAAGAAUUCACUCAUUCUACCAAACAGCAACAAAAUUCGAAUAUUUAUUGGAUUCUCAAAAGAGGAUGUUUUGAAACAUGUACGAAAUAUUGUACUGAUAGCUCUUCAUAGUCUCUUGUCGUCACAAACACACACCAUACAUCUACUUUUGGUAGAGGAAAAAUGGAUGUACUGGAUUAAGCUUGAAUUUAAAAAGAGUCUUAAAAAAGCGCUGGUUAACUUGAUCAAAUAUGACCUUAAUCAAUUAGAACAUUUGUGUGCGCUGUUUGUGGAGUUGUGGAAAUUAAUGGAUAGUGUAAAGCCGGCUGAAGUCGAUUCAGAAGAUUGUCCAAGAUUUGAACAAUUCUCACACCUUUGUUCUGAAAGGAAUGCCGUUGGUGACACUACUUGUGAAAAUCACAAAUCAAAAGCACGAACUCUCACCAAAAACAAACAACAGUUGCUGAAAAGAACAAGAGACAUUUUACAAACUAUUCCCUUGCUGCAACUUUAUUCGUGUGGAAGCAAUGGAAAUGUGCAAAAAACGUCACCUCAUGAGAUGGAAUGUAUUUCUUCGCGAGUGGAAGAAAGGUUUGUGAAAUAA